CUUCCGGCGCCUCUUGUGGGCGACAUCAUGGACCGUAACCCGUCCCCUCCUCCGCCUAGCUGCAAUCAGGAGGACGAGGAGGACCUGGCCGGGGGAGACUGCAUUGGGAGCACGGUCUACAGCAAACACUGGCUCUUCGGAGUACUCAGCGGACUCAUCCAGAUUGUCACACCUGAAAGUGCCAAGUCUGGCUCAGAUGAUGAUGAGCAACAGAUGGAGCUCCCUGAGGAAAUGGAGAACGAAAUCUGCAGAGUCUGGGAUAUGUCCAUGGAUGAGGAUGUGGCUUUGUUUCUACAAGAAUUUAAGGCUCCUGAUAUAUUCAUGGGAGUGCUGGCCAAAUCCAGGUGUCCCCGAUUAAGAGAAAUUUGUGUGGGAAUUUUAGGGAAUAUGGCUUGUUUCCGGGAGAUAUGUGUGUCCAUCAGCAGCUGCGAAGAUCAUGGGCAGGUGCUUCUGCAGUGUUUGUGCGACUCAGACCCACCCACUCUGCUAGAAACCAGCAGGUUGUUGCUUACUUGCCUUUCCCAGGCAGAAGUGGCCAGUGUCUGGGUUGAAAGGAUCCGGGAACAUCCGUCCAUUUAUGCUAGCGUCUGCUUCAUCAUGUCAAGUUCAACAAAUGUUGACUUGUUGGUGAAGGUGGGGGAGGUCGUGGACAAGCUCUUUGACUUGGAUGAAAAACUCAUGUUGGAGUGGAUUAGAAAUGGGACUGCCCGGCUUCCGGACCAACCCCAGGAGGACUCUGAAGAGCAGCCAGUAUUUUCUUUUGUACCCAGUAUACUGGAAGCUGCCAGACAAAUACGGUCUGAAAACCUGGAAGGGCUGGAUGUUUACAUGCACAUCUUACAGCUGCUCACCACCGCGGACGAUGGGAUUCAAGCAAUUGUACAGUGUCCUGAUACUGCAAAAGACACAUGGAAUUUACUUUUUGACCUGGUGUGCCAUGAAUUCUGCCAAGUUGGUGACCCGCCCAUCAUACUGCAGGAGCAGAAAACAGUACUGGCCUCUGUCUUCUCCGUGAUGUUGGCCAUCAGUGCUUCGUGGGCUGCACAGGAGCACCCCAAGAGGGAAGAAGUGGCUCUUCCUCUAAUUGACAGCCUGAUUCGGGUGUUACAAAAUAUGGAACAUUGUCAGAAGAAACCAGAGAACUCCACAGAGUCUGACCCAGAGGAGCCUACAAACUGUGGUUCAACCCAAGAUGAGUUCCAUAUGAAGAUCCUGAAGGAUAUUUCAUGUGAAUUCCUUUCUAAUAUUUUUCAGGAGUUAACAAAGGAAACUGUGGCUCAGGGACUGAAGGAGGGCCAGUUAAACAAAGAGAAGUGUUCCUGUGCAUUUCAGAGCCUCCUGCCCCUCUACAGCCCCGUGGUGGAAGACUUCAUUAAAGUCCUAUGCGAGGUUGACAAGGCUCUUGCCGAGGACCUGGAAGAAAGCUUCCCUAGUGUGAAGGCUCAGACUUGAGACCCAAGUUGGAAUCCUGCUCUCUAAGGAAUAAACUGUUUCCUAUGGUUUGAAGUUGGCAUUUGGAAGAUUUGGAUGAAUGUUGUAUCAGACCGUGUACUUCCUGAUGUCCCUCCUCCCCAUUUACCCCACUUUCAUUUGCGCCGGUCACUAGCCAUCAGCGCACACCAUCCCCUUUCCCAGUCCCAGUGGCCCACCGUGCAGAUCUUUGCACUUACUUACUCAUAACCAUGAGGGCUGUGCUGUUCCAUCCAGGGAUGAAAAGGAAGAGGCAUUCUAGAAUGUUCUGGCAGCUUCCCCUGACCCCUGUUCUGUGUUAUAUUUAAUGUCCCGAUCCUCCCUGCACUCUGUAAGAGGUAAAGUAUAACCGGCUUAGAGCGCUAACCUGCUAAUACACUGUAGUGGUUAUGUGAGCAUUUAACAGGCUGUGUAGACUUCCCAGACUGUUAGUGACAACUUGGAAGCAGUAGUUACUCUCUUAAUUUGGGUGUCUAUUGCUGUACAGAGACACCAUGACCGUGGCAGCUCUUAUGAAGGAAAGCAUUUUAUUGUGGUGGCUCACUUACAGUUCAGAGUUUAGUCCAUUGUCAUGGUGGGACAUGGCAGCAUGCAGGCAGACACGGUGCUGGAGAAGGAGCUGAGAGUUCUACAUCUUACAGGCAACAGGAAGUUGACUGAAACACUGGAGUAGCUUGAGCAUAGGUGAGACCUCAAAGCCCACCCCCACAGUGACACAUGCCCUUUGGGGACCAUUUUCUUUUUACUUCUUUCCUCCCUUUUUCCUUCCUUCCUUCCUUCCUUCCUUCCUUCCUUCCUUCCUUCCUUCCUUCCUUCCUUCCUUUUUUUUUUGGUUUUUUGAGACAGGGUUUCUUUGUGUAACAGUCCUGGCUGUCCUGAAACUUUCUUUGUAGACCAGGCUGUCCUCAAACUCAUUCCCAAGUGCCAGGAUUAAAGGUAUGUGCCACCACCACCUGGCUGGCAUUCUCUUUCAAACCACCACAGUUACUUUGCCUUUGUUCCCCCGAGAGUCACUCUGGUUCGCAGCUGGAGGUGGAAAUGCAUGGUUUUGCUUCAGAGCGUGAUUUACUGGAGCAAAUUGUAGAUGAGAUUGAGGGAAUGUGACAGCCUCUGCAGUCUGUCUCCCUGGUGCUUCGUCCCUCCAACCAAGGCUUCCUGAUGAGGAUACUGGCACAGCCAACCAGGUGCUUAGGAUUCAGUCUGCAUCACUUGAGGUACUAACUGGAGUUCUUCAUUGGCUUUUUAAAGUCUCAGUUGUGCAUAAUAAGGGCAGCUUUACAAAUCCAUCCCAGUUCUCCUCAGAACCUUUGAAUCUAAGGGGAUGUUCUUUGUACUCCUUGAAGGAUUUGUGUUUAUAAAAUGUAUAAAAAUUAUCUUCAUUAUCCCAGCUAAACUGCAUGGAGACUCUUGCCCUGAGGAUUGUUGGUGUCUUCUCACUAUGGAAACUGAGUAUGUGGUUUGGCACUAGCACAGCCUUGUUGGAAGUCUUUAGUGGUUUUGUGGUAUAGUAGGUAGGGAAAGAAACUAUCAGAAUCUCAAACAUGAAAAGUUUUUAAGAUAUUGCUAUUCUCAGUGCUUAUUCAUUGGGUUAGUCAAACCUACAAGCUGGUCAGACAUCGUCCUUGUGGCCAGGUGUACCACGAAUUCUAUUUGGUCUUAUUAAUAAAAACCCGGAGUCUGA